CUAUAUUCACUUCCGCCUUUGAUUACUAACAACUUGUCACCGGUAUCAACUGUAAAUAUGUCUCACCAGACGGGGAUAUCAGCUUCUAACGACCUACAAGAUUUUUUCGCGAGGGCAAAGGAUGGAGAAAUUCGGUGUAUUCAAGUUAAAAUAGCAGAGGAUCCAGUCACCAAUGAAGAAAAAUUAGAACUUGGAGGAAGUAAGGAUGCUGUGGGAUCGUGGGAAGAAGAUUACAAUACUAUGGUGAAGCCAUAUCUGGAAGACAAACAGCCAUGCUACAUACUGUAUCGCCUCGACACCAAAAACGCAGCAGGCUAUGAAUGGGUCUUCAUUAGCUGGUCUCCUGACUUUUCGCAGGUGCGAGACAAGAUGUUGUAUGCUGCUACGCGAUCCACACUGAAGCAGAAUUUCGGGGGUGGUCAGAUCAAGGAGGAGUUAUUUGCAACUGCUGUGGACGACUGUACAUUGGCUGGUUACAAGAUGCACCUUUUGUCUCAGAACGCCCCAGCCCCACUCACCAUGGCAGAGGAGGAACUAGAGGAAAUAAAAAGGACAGAGAUAAAGACAGCAGGAGUGGAUACCAAACACCAGACUUUACAGGGGGUAGCUUUCCCCAUCACAGACGAGGCUCUCGUCAAAAUACAGGAGUUCAUUGCGGGUCAAUGCACAUAUGUUCAGCUGAGUUUGGACAUGGCAGAUGAGAAGAUCGUCCUGGAGAAGGCAGAAGACAUUCCUACCAGUGCCUUGACGGGACAGGUGCCUAGUGAUCAUGCUCGAUACCAUCUCUUUAACUUCAAACACACACAUGAGGGCGACUACACAGAGAGUUUUGUUUUUAUCUACUCCAUGCCAGGCUAUAAGUGUUCUAUAAAGGAGCGUAUGCUGUAUUCUAGUUGUAAAUCUCCACUACUCGGUGUACUGGAGGGCCAGAUGGGCAUGGAAUUUGCUAAAAAGUUGGAAGUCGAUGACCCAAAGGAACUCGCUGAAAAAAACCUAUAUGAAGAAGUACACCCAAUGAAAAAUAUUGUAAAAAGUGCAUUUGCCCGUCCAAAAGGACCAUCGAGUCGUGGACCAAAGAGGAUGACUAGGAACAAAGAGGGACAAGAAACUAGCUAAUUAAUUACCCUAGGUUUUAACAUAUCGUACUGUAUAUUAUAAAGGUGGCCAAGGCGGAAUUGUUAUCGAAACAAUUCUUUUUGGCAUUUUUAAUAUAUUUAUCAACAAGUUGACUGUGUAUUAUGACAAGUCCCUCCUGUUAUGUUUUAUAUAUGCAAACCAAUCUUUGCUCAUAACUACUUUAGUUUUGGUAGAUGUCCUUUUGGACAACUAUUCUAGGUGUUGAAUCACAGAAUUGGUGUUUGGGGUGUUAUAAGUGUAUUAGAGCUAUAGCAAUGUUUGUGAAUUUCAAAAGUAGAACUUUUUUUCACCUUUAGUCUGAUUUUGGGAGCUGUUUUCGUGAACUUAUUUCGUUGUUAUGUAUUGUUGAAAGAAGAAGAAAAUUCUAAGACUGUUUCUUUAAGAAAAAAAACUUUAUCCUAUUAACAGUAUACUUGGUUCAGUUUGCACAAGUGGAUGUCAAAUUCAACAUUGAGUCUUGCAUUGUUUAUAUAAUCAAGUUAACUCAAUGGUGAUGAUACUUGGCUAGCUGGGGAUGUACAAUAAACUAUUCAAGGGUCAGUCUACUUUUAAAAAGUGUCAACUGUAAACUUAGAUGAUAUUUCAAAAAUUCAAGGCUCCCUAGCAUCAGGCAGAGAUUUUUUGUGGGGAUCUGUUCAAAAACAGUAACUUAAGAAAAAUCAUUCACUCCAAAGAAGUAUUUUAUCAGGUCAAGUCCCAGUGAUAAAUCAUGAAUCUAGGACAUUGUUCUUUGUUUAAAUCACUAAUCAUGUGUCCAAAUUAGCAGGAAACAACCGUUCCAGAUGUAGCACCCUAUCUGUGCAAUAUAUAUAUACAGCCCACACUCCUCUGACAUUGAGGGUCUAGUAUUACUAAGGUAACAUUUCAUGACCUUGACCUUCAGUUUUCAUUUCAGUGUUUAUGUGCUUUUUCCGAUAACUUGCAUUAAAAAGUCUCAAAAUCAUCUUUAAAAAUAAACACCCACAAACCUGUUUCCUUGUUGAAAUGUAUGCAUCAUGCCAUAUUGUCUCUGCUUUUAAUUUUAUAGUUUGAAAACUUAGUAUCAUGACUAUUGACUGGCAUGUUAUGCAGUAAUUGAAUUGUAAUUGCCUUUCAUUUUACAGUUUGGAAACGAUUUGGUGUCAUCACUGGCAUGUUGUGCAGUAAUAAUAUCAAUGUCAUACCUAUUAUGUCAUGUGACAUGAUGUUAUGGCAUUAUGAUGUACUUUUGAAGGCAAUUAACAGAAAAUCAAAAUGACGUCAUGAUUAAGAGAUAAUACAAGUGUUCAGAAGCCAGGAUAUGUUUCCCUGUGUCCAUGCCAUUUUCCUAUGUAUUCAAUUCUGAUUGAUACAAGUAUGAGAUUAGUUGAUUUUUUAAAAAGGAAAUUUAUCUGUUGUUGUGAGAUGUUCAUUUUAAAAACAAAUAUUAGCAAAGUGAUCAUGAAUGAGGAAUUUUAUUUGUUAUUUUCAUAUGAAUGUGGAUUAAUUGUUAAUUUUUCCUGUAAAAAAAAAUUUCGUUACAAUUUGUUGUACAUAAUUCACUUGUAUAGAGUUGGAAUGUAAUAUAAAUGUUGCUCCUUGUUUUAUUUUGGGGUGAUUACACUAUAUCCUUCCCAUCACUCUCAGCCAAUGACCCAUACCACACCUAAAUACCUAGCUUAGUUUUACAAGAUUCCUGAAAUUUCUUCAGAAACAAAUACAUAUAUUUUUGGCACCAAACAAUUAUAUUUUUCAAAAUUUAGAAUUAUUUAGAUUUUAAUAAUUUUAAACUGCAUUGGCAGCAGCCACAGGUGCCUGUGUCACAACACACAAGUGUUUGUAUAUUGCCCACUACCAGUUACUCAAUCUUAAUGGAGCAAUUCACUACAAGUAAAGAUAUGUUGAUCUCGUUAACUCACUAAUUAUUGAGGUAAAACUUUAACUCAUAGGGAGCGACUAAUCAUUUUUCUAUAUAAAGACAUUUCUAUAGAAGGUGACUCACUAUAUCAGUGUGUCAGAAGCUUACUCUGUAGGCGGUUUCAUCCCAAUCUAUGUCUAAUGUUCUUACACCUUGCUUAAUUGUUUGACUCACAAUGAUUCAAAGAAUCACCAUGAUAAAUCGCUAUUUAGAGGUGACACCAUGAGUCAAUGUACCAUCACAACAAAUUUUCUUUAAAAAUUACAAAACAACAACUUUCAAUAAAUGACAGAGGUGACCCACUUCGAGUCAAUGUAUCAAAACAUUAACUCACUCUAACUCUAUAGGGGCGAUAUCACUACAGGACAAUGUUUAGACUUCCUGUUGAUGGUGAGACUCUCUAGGAGUCACUACAAUAUCAUUGUUUACUUGCAAUUGAGCUACUUGUGAGUUAAGGUGUACCCCAUUUGUAAGCCAGUCUUUUUAGGGGCCUGUUCGUUUAUGUGGACAAACCGGUUUGUCGGUUUUUAAAUGUAAUAUUUCAAACAUAUAUCUUGACGGACCUGCAAAUGUUAAUACAGGCCUUGGAAGUCUUUGUCAAGGCUCCUCCGAAAACACUACAAAAUCACCUAGUCCGUCUUUUUUUCAUAAACGAACAACAUCUGUCCAAGUGGUCCAACAGUUUGAACCUCAGAAACAAAAAUGGCCCAGAUGUGAUAUCAGAUAUAUUGGUCUUUUUUUUAUGGUGAUAUCAGAGCACCAUUCAUGCCUUCCUGUUAUUUUUCCCGAAGGCUGGCAGGAUUUUCUCAGUAUCUUUGAUGCCAUACAUUUGAGCUAUCCCUCCAUGUAUAUAUUGUAAACUUGUCUCAACAGUGGUUUCACUGUUUACAGAACAUUAAUUUGUUGAUUUUUAAAUAACAGUGUAAGAGAGGGAUUAUUCUUGCUUUCUGUGAUUGUUUAUACAUGUAUAGUGACAUGGAGAUUGAACUCUAUGCAUUCAUGUCUUUUAGCCUAGUUCAGCCUGAUAAGCAUAUCUUUAAAUACCAUCACCACUAAUACUAAUAAAACAAGACUUAAUAAACAACACUCGACCAUAAAGAUUCUGAAUAAGACUUUUUGUAAUUCAUUAAUGCGAUUGAUAUAAUUCAGAAAAGUGUUUUUGAGGAAACAAAUUUUUCUUCUUCUUUUUCCUGAAACACUUUUUCGGCAUAUUUUUAUUUUUUUUUUUACAAAAUAUUUUUGCCCCAAACAUAUGGCAUAAUUUUGUAAGGCAGACUAAUUAUGGAGUAACCAGAAAAUCAUUGCUAAAACUGCGAUGAAAAAUUCCAUCAGGACUGUAUUUCAAUUUCUAAUUUAUAUAACAGUGUGCUUACCCUGGCUGGACUAACGGUGUGGCCCACCAGCUUUAAUGUCUGUUAAUGAGCUAUUUGUGUAGAGGUAAAUAUUUUUUUAGAGUUAUUUAUAAUGUUAUGUUUCAGUGUCUGGUAAACACAAUCUUGUUCAAGUUUUAUAUAUUAAUAUAAAAUAGAAAGUUGCCAAAAUUUGCCUGUUUCACAGAGCUUUGAAACAAAUUAUCGGUAAGUGAUGUGCUGAAAUUUAGAGUUGAGUAUUUGCAUAUAUUUAAACUGCAUCAAAAAUCAUAUCAUGAAUAAUUAACAUAUUGAUUAACUCUUGUUGAAAAAUAAUAAACAUUAAAUAAGUACAAGUUAAUGUUAAAUAUCUUGGUAUUUUUCGUUAGUCAAACUGCAAAUGUCCUUUCAAGUUAAAGUCCAGUAUAUUUUUUUCUGUUUUUUUUUUCAAUUUAAAAUUUUUGCAUAAAAUACAUAGCAGCUGUUAUUUAAGUCUUAAAUAAAAAUAUACCAACGAUUUAUAUAUUACUGCAUAAGUGUAAAAAGUUGUUUAAUCAUGUAAAUUGCCUAUAGAAUGCAUGUGUCUGAAAGGUAGAUAGUUACUAACUCGGUGCAGUUGAUGCUUGCUUCAACAUGAAUGUAGCUGGCCUCACAUUAAAAUUAUUUUCAGAUUUAAGAGAGAGAGAGAGAAAAAAGAAAAACUUGUACAGUGUGUAUUGAAUAUCAAACCUUGUUCUUGGUUUAGUGUCAUGUACAACUGUACCAAAUUUUCAAAUCCUUCAGUUAUAUUCUCGAUAAAUUUUCUCCUUGGCAGAGAUCAUGCCUGCACACAACCACUUGAAAUAUAUGAAUUUAUCAUAGAACUGAUUCAAUACUUCGACGCAUCUUAUCUUUGAACAAUUAUAAUGGUCAAUCACAAGAUAACAGAGGACAUCCAGGUAUUCAUAGUCAGCAUGUAACGUGAGCAUGUGUGAGUGGGAAUGUUUGACAUUUGGAAGUUUGUGAUACUAGUAAAUAAACAAUAAAACAUCUCAGGAUAUACAAAA